UUCCGGAUCCGUUGGAUAGGAAGGCGGUUUUUAUGAACCAAGAGGGCCACAUUUGACAUAAAACAUGGAUCUUGACGCUUAUCUGUCGCAAUAUCAAGAGAUUGAGAGCAAAGAAUUCCUUCCUAUGAAAGAGGAAUAUGUCUGUACAGACUUCUUGAUGGAUAUGUCAGAAUUUCAAAAGCAAAAGGCACACAGCAAAGUUUAUGUACCCAAUAUGGAAAGUCGGCUGAGUUUUUACAAGUUCAUGGGCCAGGAUCCAGAAACAUGGACAACAAAGGCAGAUGCAGAUCUGGCUUUGAAAGAAUCAUCUGAAAAUCUUGUAGCAGAACAAAAACUUGUGGAUGUGGAGAAGGAAAACAUAGAAAAACUUAUAGAAAAAACAGUGGAAGAGUAUGAAGCUCUACAAAAGAACAUACAGCUAAUAGGUGAAAAAAUACAGGCCAUCAAAGGAAAGAAAACAAAACUUGAAAUCUUAAAAGCUAAACAAAAAGAAGUGCUGGCUAAUUUGGAUGAGGGAAUCACUCGUCCUGCAGAGUUCUAUAUCCACAAGAAGCAACAGGAGGAGAAGUUUACCAAGUUGGUGUCAGCCAUAGAACUGUGUCAGGCAUCCAUCGGCAGGAUUGAGGAGGAGAAAAGGGGUCUGGAGGAAACGUGUCGCAGACUCCGUGUCACAUGGGAGGCCCAGCAGCAGCAACAGCUCCUAGAUAGCCACAGUGAACAGUCACAGGUCAAGGUCAUGGAGGACAAACUCAACAGACAAAAAGAUUUGCUGUCAUUCAUCAAACGGCAGGGUAAAGUCGAUAUAAAGCAAAGAUCAGAAUUUGGACACUUGGUGCUGGAACUACUGAGUGACGAGGACAAUGAGAAUAUCCCCAGAAUGUUCCUUACUGCCAAUGUAGAGCUAGACAGUCUGGACUUAGAACACCUAACCAGUGCCGAGAAAGAGUCAGGUGACUGCAGCCUCCACACUGAGGACAUCAUAUCAGAGGGUCUGUCUAGUAACGACCUGCGACAACUCGUCACCAAGAUGCAGGACCGCUGGAAUACUCUGUUCCCACUGGUCCAGGAGAUGAAGAAUGUUUCAGACAGACAUGCUAUAGACUGGAUACAGGAUAAGAACCUCCUACGUAUACUGGUGGGCAAAGGUGGUUCUAUCAUGUGUACACUUCACGUACCCGAAUCCUACCCGUUCUCAGGGGAGAUAACCCUACAAAAGACCUCCAAUCUGCCAUCCAAUGUGAAGGAAGAAGAUAUCUUGCCUCCAUCUGACAACAGAAGUUUACAAGGAUGGGUUGAUUACCUAGAAGAUAUUUUUGGAAAACCAUGAUCAUCUCUGCCCAUGUUAUUUUGAUAAAGACUCAAUUACAACUUUUAACAAACACCUUCUACUCCUUUCUUAUCUGUACCCUCUAUUUGCCAUUAUUUGUGUACAUUUUGUAAAUUAAAUACAUGUAUGAA